CGCUCCACCGCCACCCCAUACCCCCUCAACCAGCAUGGCUUCCUCCUCCUCCGCCGACGACAUCACCCGGGCCAGCACUUUCGCUCCCGUCAACAUCGCCGUCAUCAAGUACUGGGGCAAACGCGACACGAAACUCAACCUCCCCACCAAUGCCUCCCUCUCCGUGACUCUCUCCCAGGACGACCUCCGCACCCACACCACCGCCUCGUGCUCGCCCUCCUUCACCUCCGACUCCCUCACCCUCAACUCUCAACCCCAAGACAUCUCCGGCGCCCGCACACAAGCCUGCCUCCGCGAGCUCCGCUCCCUCCGCGCCGACUUGGAAUCCUCCGAUCCGUCGCUCCCCAAACUCUCCACCCAACACCUCAAAAUCGUCUCGGAGAACAACUUCCCCACCGCCGCUGGUCUCGCUUCUUCCGCCGCGGGCUUCGCCGCCCUCGUCCGCGCCAUCGCAAACCUCUACGCCCUGCCCUCUUCGCCCACCGACCUCUCCCGCAUCGCUCGUCAAGGCUCCGGCUCGGCAUGUCGCAGUCUGAUGGGUGGCUACGUCGCCUGGCAAAAAGGCGAGCAGGCGGAUGGAUCGGACAGUUUCGCCUACGAAGUCAGUCCAGCAUCCCACUGGCCGGAUAUGCGUGCCAUUAUCCUCGUUGCGUCGGCGGAGAAGAAGGACGUCUCCAGCACAGCGGGCAUGCAACAGACUGUGGCUACUUCAGCACUCUUCGCACAUCGCGCGGAAGAAGUCGUGCCAAAGAGGAUGAAGGCUAUGGAGAAGGCGAUUCACAACCGAGACUUUGAAGCGUUUGCGGUGUUGUCGAUGAAGGAUAGUAACAACUUCCAUGCGACGUGUCUGGAUACACAACCGCCGAUUUUCUACAUGAACGAUACGAGUCGAGCGGCGGUGAGGAUGGUCGAGGCUAUCAACGCGCUGCAUCCAGAGGGCAAGACGUAUGCGGCGUAUACAUUCGAUGCGGGUCCGAAUGCGGUGGUCUAUUAUCUGGCUCAAGAUGAGGAUAUGGUUGCUGGUGUGUUCAAGGGGCUGUUGGGCGAGAAGACUGGGUGGGAUAGUCCGAGAGGGAAGAAGAUUCAGGUCAAGGAAGGUGCGCUGGCAGGCACGGAGGUUGCGGGUGAGAAGUUGAAAGAGGGCAUUUCGAGAGUGAUUUUGACGAGUGUGGGUGAUGGGCCGAGGAAGACGGAGGAGCAUCUUUGUUGA